CAAACAUAUAACAGAAAGUGAGGUUAAUUUGCUGUUUUACGAUAAGGAAUAAUAAACAACAUAAGCUUCCUUCAAGAAAAAUAUAAUACAUUCGCCAAUAAUUUAUAUUGACAUAUCAGUAAAGAUGGCAAUUGAUCGUACUCCUUGUGUUUUGAGCGAAAAUGCUAGGAAUUCAAUAAAAAAUUCCAAAUUGCUGGUUGUGGGUGCUGGGGGUAUAGGUUGUGAAAUUCUGAAAAAUUUAGCAUUGUCGGGUUUUACUGAUAUUGAAAUAAUUGAUCUCGAUACAAUUGAUGUCUCAAACUUGAAUAGGCAGUUUUUGUUCCGUAAAGAACAUGUAGGUAAACCUAAAGCUGUGGUCGCAAGGGAAACAAUUUUGGGAUAUAAUCCAGACAUUAGUGUUAAAGCAUAUCAUGACAGUAUAACUAGUCAGGAGUAUGGUGUUAAUUUCUUCAAGCAAUUCAAUGUUGUUUUGAAUGCUUUAGAUAAUAGAGCAGCAAGGAAUCAUGUUAAUCGCAUGUGCUUAGCAGCAGAUAUUCCUUUAAUUGAAUCAGGGACAUCAGGAUACUCUGGCCAAGUUGAACUUAUAAAAAAGAAUGUGACUCAGUGUUAUGAGUGUCAACCAAAACCAGCUCAGAAAACUUUCCCAGGGUGUACUAUUCGUAACACUCCUUCUGAACCAGUACACUGUAUUGUAUGGGCUAAGCAUUUAUUCAACCAACUUUUUGGAGAAGAAGAUCCUGAUCAGGAUGUGUCUCCAGAUUCAGAAGAUCCUGAAGCAAAAACUGAAGAUGGUCACAGUAUGACUGAAUCAGGAAAUGUAAAAAGAAUUUCUACUCGACAAUGGGCACAAGACAAUGAAUAUAAUCCAUCAAAACUUUUCAACAAAUUCUUCUUUGAAGAUAUCCAAUAUCUAUUGAAGAUGGAAAAUUUAUGGAAAUCUCGAAAACCUCCAGUACCAUUAAAUUGGGCAAAUGCAACUAAGGAAGAAGAAAAAAUGGAAAUAGAUGGAGAAGACAAUGUUAAGAAUACAGAUAUGAAAGUAUGGUCUAUCAAUAAAUGUGCAAAAGUUUUUGCAAAAACUGUCGAUAACCUGAAAAUAGAAUUGUUUGGUAAAGAAUUCUUGCUAUGGGAUAAAGAUGAUAAGGCAGCUAUGGAUUUUGUAACUGCUUGUGCUAAUAUUAGAAGUAAUAUAUUUUCUAUUGCCAUGCAGUCAAGAUUUUCCACUAAGUCUAUUGCUGGUAGCAUUAUACCUGCCAUAGCAACUGCAAAUGCCAUCAUAGCUGGUUUGGUGGUCCUCCACACAUUUAGAGUAUUGCAAGAGCAAUAUGAGAAAUGUCCAUCUGUGUAUCUGAGGGCGAAAUCCAAAUUCUCAAAGUCUGUUUUGGUUGCAGACAAUGCAAUUGUAAAAGCCAAUCCUUUGUGCUAUGUUUGUUCACCAAAACCUUUUGUUAAUGUUUUCGUUAACACUUACAUCAUGACUGUCAAAGAAUUUGAAAAUGAAAUAUUGAAAAAACAACUCAAUAUGGUAGCUCCAGAUGUCAUUCUUGAUGGUAAAUUUGUUGUGGUUAUUUCUUCAGAAGACGGAGAAACAGAAGCAAACAAUCACAAAACAUUAGCACAUAUGGGUGUUGUUGAUGGUGUAAUGUUGAAAUGUGAUGAUUUUCUCCAAAAUUAUGAAUUGCAAAUUGCUAUUAAUCAUUAUGAAGCUAAAGACAAGGAAGAUGAUCUCUAUAAAGUAGUUGUUAAUCCUGAAGAGUUAAAAGCAAAGAAAUUAGAUAUUGAAAAUGGUUCACAAAAAAAUGAUGGCACAAUGGAAACUGAUGAUAAUAAAGAUGACUCUGGCGAUGAACCUGUAAUUGUUGAAACUUUGGCUGAAGACCCUCAGGAAGGGUCUUCAUCAAAAAGAAGAAAGCUUAACCCGCCUGAGGAUAGUGAUGAUGACUUGGUGAUACUGGAUGAGAUAAUUGAAUGAAUAUUUUUCAAACCUAAUUGUUCUUUUUUUUCGAAAAUAUGUAUAUGUAGACAUUGAUUUUUGUAUUAAAGUAUCCAAAUUUUUUUUUA